AUGAAGGACAGUCCUGAAUCCCCAGAAGCUAAGAUCAAGUUCCCAAAAUCAGGAUGGUGGCUCAAUAUUAGCUGCCUAUCUGGAGAGUCGGUGCACCAGCAUGUUCUCGUUUUCACAAAAGGUCUCUCGCUAAACUCUGGCAUGGUUUCUCUCAAAAACUCUCGAAUUGCAUCUGCAGACUCGGUAGGAAUAGCAUUGACAAAUAAAGGAAUGGAUUCUCCCUCGGAAUUCAAGUUAAUGUAUCCGGGAAACUCGUUGCAGAUUUUUAAUUCAUCAUUUUCGUCCGGCUCAAAGAAGAAUCCCCGCUCGGCAUUCAUAAUCACCGGUAAUCCUUUGAAUUUCUUGGCUUCCUCGGUGGUCACCUUGAUAUGCGCAAGUGUAAAUCCUUUGGCCUGUAGCUGA